AUGGCACAGACUCAAUAUAUUAAUUGGAUUGAAAAAAAGUGGAGAAUAAAAGUUGAUGAAAGUACCAUUUCUCAUAUUCUAAAAAUAUCAGAACAAAGGCUUAGUUUAAAAUCACAUAACUCAGACAUAAAAUGGCAUAAACUAGUUUCUUAUCCUCAGUUUAAACUUUGCUAUACAAAAAUUCUUCUUACUAAUAUCAAUGCAGAAUUAAGAAAUUUUUCAUCAAAUAUUCAACAAGAAAAUCCAAUGUCUGAUGAUCUUGAAGAUACAAUACAAGAUCUUAAUCUCUCUUGCUCUAUGACAGUUGAAGAAUUUCUCAAUAUUUCUGAAAAAAAUGUAGUUUAUGAAGUUUCUAAAGAUGACCAAAUUAUUAAUAAACUUGUAUAUCUUUUCAAAAAUACUAAAGGAACUAUAGAUUUAAAUGAAACAUAUAACAGUCAUAAAAUUUCUGUUAUUAGUGUUAGCACUGCAAUAUCUAGCUUAAAAACCAUUUAUACAUUUCUUCUCUAA